AUGGAGAUCGUCAAACGAUGGCUGCGAGAGAAGAUUGGGAUGGAAGGGUUGGGGCAAGGGGAUGUUGAAUCGCAGUUUGCAAACGGAUACAAGAUCGGACAGGUGCUCGAGAGCUAUGGGAUUCAGCCCGACUUCGACAAGUUUGUCAACAAGGAUACGCCUGAUGCCAAAGUGAACAACUUCGAGCGGCUGCAGCCCAUUCUGCGGGAGCUCAACAUCAACUUCGACAGCCACAAUGCCAACCAGAUCAUCACAGAGGAGCCGGGGGCAGCGCUCCGCCUGCUGCAGCAGAUCAAGGUCGCGCUGGACAGCUCGACGUCCUCGAACCCGUUCCGCAAGGGGUCGAAGACGUCGACCGCCCUCCUGCUCACGACCAACAGGCUCUCCAGCAAGGAGAAGUACAAAGACAUGGAGGAGAAGACCUUCACGAAAAUGCUGCGGUACAAGUCAGCCAACCCCCGGGAGUUUAAGAUGUCCAACUACCUGCGGCCGUUCGAGGAGGAGGCCAUACAGCAGGCGCGCGUCGCCGAGCGACUGAACGCGAUCGACGCGCUGCAGCGAGAGCAGAUGCUGCUGAGCAAGAGAGACUCUCUGCGGCUGAAGAUGGCGGAGAACAGAGCCUACCUGCAGGACUGGGAGAGGGAGGGGAGGAUUAACCAUGCCAAGAACCAGGCGGUGAGGAAGGAGAGGGAGAGGAGGGACCUUCGGUUGGAGCUUGCGAUGCGGGAGAAGGAGCGGAGGAGGAAGGGGAUGGAGAACUUGGAGGCGGCCGAGCAGGUGGAGGAAGGAAUCGACUCAUUCGAGGAGUCUUUGCGGCGCGUCCAGGACUUCGUUGACACGCCAGUUGACGAGGCGAUGCUGGGGAUGACGGACAGCAGGACGCCACAGGAGUUCCUGCAGUCACUGACGGGGAAGAUCCCCAGAGGAGAUGAGCUGCGGGCUGACAGCGAGCACUACAUGAUUAAGGUGCAGCAGAAACGGCAGGAGGACGAGAUCGCAAGGAAGGAGAGGGACCGGAGGAGGAGGAGGGUGCUGGUGGAGCAGAUGAGGACCCAGAAGGAGAUGGAGAACAGGAAGAAGGAGGAGCAGCUGAACGAGAAGCUCAUCCGUCAGAGCGUGCAGGAGGCGAAGAUCGCCGAGGACCUGCACCGAGUGCUGGCGCAGAAGGAGGCGAUGCGUCAAGCUCGUCUGAGGAGGGAGGAGCAGUACCGCAGGAUGCGGGAGCAGCAGUACCGAGAGGCUCUGGAGCGCGAUGCGGAGAUCUACAAGGUGAAGAGAAAGGAGUACUUCGUGAAGCUGGAGAUGGAGAAGUCCCGGUUCGAGGAGCUGGAAGAGGAGAGGAUGGCGAGGAGGAGGCAGAAACACUUCGACGCCUGCAGGAGGAUCGUUGAGCAGACGGUUGACUUGGUCUGGAAGGUGGUGGAGUACCGAGAGGUAGCAGAGCACGUUACGGUGCCGAACAAGCAGUGGAGGGAGUGGAUUGCGAUCUUCGUUGCUGGAGAGCCACUGUUCCCAGUGGUGAAGGAUGCGGAGGAGGAGGAGGAGGAGAAUGAGAAGAAGGUGAAGAAAGCCAAGACGCUGCCCGUGGAGGAGGAGAAGCAGUCGGAUAUCAUAGACAGCAGGGAGUACUUUGCGUACCUGGACAUGGAGGACGAGUGGAGGCUGCAGGAGGCCGCGCCCAGUGCAGAGGAGGGGGCGGAGGAGGAAGGGAAGGAGGAGGAGAAGGCAGAGGGGAAGGAGGAGGAGGAAGCAGCACUCUCUCCUGUGCAGAACAAGAUCUUCGGGGAGUUAGUCAAGGAUCUUCACGACACGACACUCGAGGUUAUCCCUCCUCCCGUCACUCCCGCCGAAAUCCCUCGUCCUCCUCACCGUCUCAGCAUCGCCGGCGCUCCUUUCGCCGGCUCCUCCCGCCAGGCUGAGAAGCUUGCGGCCGAGUUUGACCUGACGAUCAUCCGCGCGCAGAAGUGCAUUGCGGAGGCCAUCGCCGACUUUGAGGAGGUCAUGACGGCGCACGACGAGGCUGUUGCUGCUGCUCAGGAGGAAGCGAAGGAGCAGCAGGAGGGCGAGGAGGAGGCGCCAGAAGUGCCUCUGCCUUCGUUGACCACCAGACAGUCUCUUGGUGGACAGAUCCGCGAGGCCAUGAACGCAGGAGGCGGAGCUCCGGACAACACGCUCGUUGCUCUCCUCGUCGAGAAGAUCAAGGAGGUCGGGCAGGAGAAGGGCUACAUCCUCGACGGCUUUCCCGCCACCGUCAGUCAGGCUCGUCAUCUUGAGCAGGCACUUGCCGGCAUCGAGGACGCGCACGUGGCGCCGAAGCCGCUUCCUCCCAACUCGAGACUCGCUCCUCCUGUCCCAGAGGAGGUGGAGAGGACGGGGGACCUUCCUUCCGGCCUCCUGCUCUACCUCCGGCUGCAUGUCAGCAGGGACGUUUCCAUCCGCAGGAGGAUUGGGAGGCUGCGGGACCCAGACGACCCGGACGGCGCCUGCUACCACAUUGAGUUCGAUCCUCCUCCUCCUGAGGACUCGGCGCUGGCAUCGAGGCUGGAGGAGGUGGUGGAGGAGGACGGGGCAGACGCGUCGCUGCUGACGAGAGUCUCCUCCUACCUGGACGAGAAGCCAGCGCUGGACGCCUGGUUCGCACGGUUCACCAACAAGGUGGAGGUGGAGGCGGAGGGGAGUACGGAAGAGGUCUUCGAGCAGGUCAAGGAAGUUGUUGCUCAGCAGCUGGCGAAGGCGGAGAAAGAGGGACAAGAGGAGGGGGCUGCAGAGGAGAAACAGCCGGAGGAGGAGGCCAAGCAGGAGGGGGAAAGCGUGAAGAAGGGUGGAGAAGGAGAGGGAGAAGGGGAAGGGGAAGGGGAAGGAGAAGGGGAGGGGAAGGCUGAGGAGGACAAGGAGGGAGGGGAAGCAGCAGAGCCGGAGAAGCCUCCCCCUGAAGUUCUUCCGCUGCACGAGGACGUGGCAAGGCUGCUGCUGGAGCAGUGGAGGGGGUGGAGACUACGUUUGAGCUGGAGGUCUGAGCUCCACGAGCAAGCGGAUCUGCUGCAGGACGAGCUCUGGGCUGUCAGCGACGCAUCGCGAGAGAAGGCGGAGGAGGAGCGAACGUCCAUCGUCAGCGACUCCUUCAUGUCCGAUCAUGUGCAGCUCAUCAUCGUGAGCUUUGUGGGAAUGAUGCAACAGGAAAUUCUCCGCUUCCAGGCAACUCGAGCUAUUCUCCGCGACUACUUCUGGUACAGGGCAGGAAGGAACAUGCCGGAAGAAACGCCCGAGGCUCUCAACGUCAUUCAAAUGUUCAUGGACGACGCUCCUGACAUCCAGGGGUCCCCCAUCGAGGCUGUCAUCGACUACUGCACAAACUUCUUGUUCGGCCAGCAAGGAGAGGAGGAGGAGGUUUAUCUUCAUCCUACAGCGUCAUCCACAGGGGUCAUAACCGUUGAGAUCUUAACCGACGCGCUGCAUAAGGCUGCGUCCAUAGCGGGAAUGAAGAUUCUCCCGGUCGAAUGGAUCAGCCUCCCGCCCUCAAAACUUCGUGCCUUCUUGAAGCCCUUCGAUCAGACAGGAGGCAACCUGGUCGACUGGAGGAGACUUGUAUUCUUCCUCGCGGAGCUCCCAACCCCGAAGGAGGAAGACCUUAAGGGCAUCAUCCAAGAUCUUCAAGCUCGACAACUUUCCUUGACCUCCGUCCCCAUGCAGGAGGCUGCACAAGUCAAGUUCUGGUUCGAGCAUGCGACGCCCCCGAGCACUACGGGAGCAGAUGGACGUGCGAUCAUGCAGGGAAGAGAUCCUCAGCGCGUCAAGGAAGCGAUUCUCCUCGCAUUCUCCAACGGCGCUCACGAGGUCUGCAUGGAACAUCUGCUCCUCUACGCCUGCGCCGGAGAGAAGGUUGAGGCGAUGCAGCGAGCGCUGAGAAUUUUCGGAGGGGACGAGGGAAAGAUUGAGACAGAUCUUCUCCUCCGCCUCGUCGCCAUCUCAACUCUCUCGGUCUUCCUCGAGGCCGAUCGCGUACCCGACCAGCAGGCAGUGGAAGCCGCCAUGUCCGCAGCAGCCGCGCUAACGGAGGACAAGGGUACCGUCAGCAUGCAGGCAAACAAGGAAGUCAAAAUGGUCAGAGAAGGCGGAGCAGGAGUAAGGACAGGGGCAGGAGCAGGGACAAGGGCAGGAAGAGCAGGGGCAGGGGCAGGAGCAGGAGGGGUUCUGAUCAUCAUGGCACAGGAUCUGAUGAAGACGGAGGAAGGGCUCGCGGUGAUCAGCCGCUGCCAUGGCCUUGAGGCCAAACGCCCUUACGAGCAGCUGGAAAAGUUGAUAAAGUCGGAUAUGGAGAAGAAGAAUAUGAAGCAAGAUGAGGAAGAGGCGAACUAAGUUGUGAAUACGAGAAGGGAAGGGAAGGGAAGGGAAGAGAAGAGAAGAGAAGAGAAGAGAAGAGAAGAGAAGAGAAGAGAAGAGAUAGGGUGGUCACUACAGAUCCAAAGGCUAGCAAACAACAUAUUCGUUCAUUCUUAACAAGAGAAUUUUCGC